UUUGGAACUGUGUUUUCGUGUGCCCGUGUGCCUGUGUGUGUGUGGAAGUAAACUUCCGGUCCGCUGUUCACAUCGAGAGCGUCAAAACGGAUUAACAGUGGUGUGCAGUGAACGGUGGUCCCGAUUUCUCUCUUUCCUCGAGCCAUCCGUCACGGCGGCCCGCUGAAUGUAGCGUGCACUUCAACCCGCCGGGCAAAAUGAGGUCAGUACAGAAGCGACCCCCCUAUCGGCACUCGGGCCACACGCUGGCGGCCCUGAUCUUCCUGGCGCUCCAGCUGCUGCUGCUCGACGGAGGUCACGUCGCCCGGGCACUUCGCUGCGACCGAUCGCCGGAAGGGUCCGGCGCAAACAAAUCGCCCGCCGAUGGCCGAUUCCGGCUGCGGAUCUCCGGCAACCCGGAGAAGUACGUCCCGGGAGAAUCGUACACCAUAAGCCUCGUCGGCAUCCGGUCGAUGCAGGUACCGCACAAAUUUUCCGGCUUCUUCCUGGCGGCGGAGAAGGACUUUUCGCUCGGGCGGCCCGACGUGGCGCAGGCGGCGCAGGGCGUCCACAACGUCGGCACCUUCCAGCUGCUGGGCGAUCCGCUCACCAAGUUCAGCGAGCGGUGCCCGAACGCGGUCACGCAGACCAACUCGCUGCCGAAGAGCGAGAUCCAGGUGAACUGGGUGGCGCCACCGGCCGGGAGCGGUUGCGUCGCCAUCCGGGCGACGGUCGUCGAGCACCGGGACGUCUGGUACAUGGACGACGGGCCGCUGAGCAAGAUCUUCUGCGAGGACGAGGCCGACUCGGUCGACACGCAGCCGCCGGUGCUGAAGGAGUGUUGCGCCUGCGACGAGGCCAAGUACGAGCUAACGUUCGAGGGCCUGUGGUCACGGCACACGCACCCCAAGGAUUUCCCGUCGAACGGGUGGCUCACGCGGUUCAGCGACGUGAUCGGUGCGUCCCACACGGUCGACUACCGGUUCUGGGAGUACGGGCAGGUGGCCAGCGAGGGCCUCAAGCAGGUCGCCGAACACGGCUCCACCCGGAUGCUGGAGAGUGAGCUCAAGAAUCAGGUUCCUAGUUGA